AGAAUAGAUAGAGGGAUCAACGCACGCCGCCCCGCCGGUGUAUUUUGUUUUGUUAUUUUUGUUGAUGCGCACAAGAUGGAGCUGGUUUUCGUCACUGAUUGGCCAAAAUUAGAUACAAACACAUGGGUCAAGAAACUGCUGGGGAAUGGCUUGAGUGACUGGUCAUGCCGAAACAUCUUAGCAUUCACAGCCGUUGGAAAUCGUAAGGAACCAGUUGAACACAGAGAGGUUACCAACACCUGUAUACACAUUCUAGACCCAGAUAGACCAUGGGAAAUAUACAGUAUCGACUCUGGGCAUGAGGAGAUGAUUACAUCCUUGAAAUGGAAUGCCUCUGGAACCCAGCUACUAUCCACGGAUAGCAGAGGAACGUGCUGCUGUUGGGAGAUGAAUCAAUACCUUCUCAAUAGCUGGAUACAAUCAACAAAGACCAACAUCAACAAAGAACCUAUUGUAGCAGCCGAUUGGCUACAUGGCCCGAUCAAAUUACUGUACAAUGUAGACAAGUUAGACUCCAUUAAUAUUCAUGAGAAGUUUUCCCGAGUCACCUGCGAACCGUCUGUUAAGAAUGUCGGUGGAAAGCCGGUAGAAGGAUGGGUGGCUGUCACAGCAACUGGUCUGGUGUCCAUUACUGUGAUGGAGGGUGGCAAAUUAAUUACAGAAAAUAAAUGCCUUGGUAUCCAUAGAAGCCAUGUAGCUGUUGCAGAUAUUGCAUUUGGUGGUCCUAUGAUCAUUGCAACGUCUGACGGGACCUGCCGACCCCCAAUACAAGCAUACAGUGUCAAUGUUACCAAGACAGAUGAUCGUUUAAAUAUUCAGACAGACUCACUGCCGUCAUUUUACCCACAGUGCUGUACAAGCAGUUACACUCGAGACAGAUAUAAUACUAUCUCCCAUAUCCAGUUUAUGAAUAGAGAAGCAGGUGAUAAACUUCUGGUGACAGUAACAGGUUCUGGAGGAACUUAUAUAGAAUGUUGGAGUCUGAGCAAGGAACCAGUUCCUCUACACAACAUAUUUGACAACCAAAAACCAGUUGACCAACAGCCUGUGACCCUGAAAUGGGUUUUUAUGACAUCACAUUCUGAAAACGCUACCAUAACUGCACUAGCUGUUCCAAAGCUUCCUCUGAAUCUGUCCAAGACAUCCAUGUACAAUGGGCCUGGAAUGGUCAUUGCGGCUGCAUUCAUCGAUGGUAACAUCAAGCUAUUGCAUCGUAAUUCCAUGAAGCCGUUGAAAGCCUUAAAAUAUGAAGGUGCUAAGAUUAUUUCCAGUCCACAAGCUAAAAGACAAAGAGCAAUGGGUGGUCAUUACAUUGUCAGUCUCACCAUGUCAAGUACGUGCUGUAGCAUGGUUGGAGUUGAUAAGGGCGGCACCCUCUCUCUGCUCAAAGUUGCUCCGACAAUUGGACAAAUUGUUGAUUCAGGUGCUACCCGGGCUCAUACCAUUGCACAGGUUGUGAACUUAUUAGAAUAUUGCUUAGUAACUGGACAUGAUUGGUGGGAUCUUCUUCUCACUAUCACAAUAGGUAUGGUAGAGACUGUAAUUGACAGACUGACAGAGGCUUACAAUCGUCAGAAUGCAGCACGCCAGGCUCUGCUCUUCAACAGACUUUUAGCUAUGAAAGCUACACUACACAGACUUUCUUCAAGUGGAAGAGGCAAAGCAGUGGACUGCCAUUCUAAGCUAUUAUUGAAUGCCAUAGCAACAGAGUUCAAAACAUUACUAAUAUCUGCCAAUAAUCCAGAGAACACACCUACUGAUAGAAUUGCAGCUGCGUGUGCAAGUGCUGAUGCAGAUAUUUCAAGCAUCUUACAGAAAAUAGACAGUAAAGAUAUCACAGUAGACAAGAAACUGUUGAAGUCUACACAGCAGCUUACUCAAUGGGUUGCAGAGUACGCCCUCUAUGUUCUGGCUACUGUACCAGUUCAAGGUCAAAUGACCACAAAACCAGGGGUUAGCAUUUUGUACGAUGCCAGUACAUUGUCGAUGUUAAGGCAGCUCCUUGUAAUCAUUAAAGUGUUUGGUGAGAAGGAACCCCUCAGCCUACCUGUCUUCACUGUUACCUCUGCUGGACUGGAUGGCCUCUCAUUGCUGUACAAGCUCCUGACCAGUAUAUGGGUUAGCAGCAAUGAUGACAAUGUGCAUGUCAAACUAGAAGAUUCCAUUGUUGAUGAGUGCAUACUUCUUCCAAGCCAGAUACUAAUUCGCAGUAUGGAGUAUCAACCAGUUACUGAAGGAAUUAUUGGCAAGCUUCACAUACAUAGUCGACAGGCCAUGACCUUCCAGUUCGACAAUCCACCUGGUCACAUGAUCACAGUAGCAACAUUCAGCCCAGGUCAUCCAGCGGAAGUAAACACUAGGUCACUGACCGAUAAAACUCACCAGAAACAUGAUGUUGUACGGAGACUCCAUCUUGGGGUGUCACCCCCUGAGGAACUGAAGCGAUGUACAAGGUGUUCCUGUAUAUCUCUACUAAAGUCACCUACAAAAUUAUCAACAAUGAUAGCAUGGGAACAGAGGUGGAGCAGGUCGUGCCUGUGUGGAGGACUUUGGCGCAAGGUUAUUGUGCCUUGAUGGUAACAAAAAUGUUUACUAUGCAGUAAAUUAAAUCGUGGAGCUAUGAUUGCUGAUGAAUAAAAAGACAACUGCAAAAUAAGCAAUUCUUAAUUUAUUUUCCCCUCAUUUAAGGCAACCAGAGUACAAUGCAAGGGGUAAGGUUAUUUAACAACUGCUGACUUCAAGUUUACUGGCAUCUGUUACAUAAACAUAGAAAUCGUUAAUGUCCAAAAAUGGAAAUUCAUUAGCUCAAUAGAAUAAAAAUACAGCAAAAGAAGAAAUAUUUUAACACAUAUUAGUAAAACAUUAUUGUCACACUAAACUGAUGUCUCCAGCACACAUGCCACACCCCACAUUUUUGCUCUGUAUGUACUGUACAAGUAAACAGCAAUGUCUGUAAAUUUUUAAAUAAAAACUCGUAUCUUUAUCAAA